AUGAUGGUGGGACCGGGAGUGGGCGCUGGCGCAGGCGCUAUUCAAGAACAGAUCCCAUCGAAGCUUGUGACCGACCAAAACUAUGCGUUGAUGAACAAACGCCGAGUCAUUAAGAGGAGAACCCGCACGGGCUGUCUUACGUGUCGCAAGCGCCGCAUUAAGUGCGAUGAGCGCAAGCCCCACUGCUUUAACUGUGAGCGUCUGAAGAAGUUAUGUCUUGGAUAUGAGGUACUUCCGACGUCUGCGAAGCGCUGCGACGCUGAGAAUGUCGGAAAACACGAAAACGCCUCUCACAGAUCUUCCGUGCACGAUCUUCUUUAA